CGCUGCAGCUAUUGGAUUAUAGGAGGGAUUUAAAACCGGGAUUAAGCUCUGGAUGGGAGACGGCGUGGGGGCUGCGUGGCUCUUGCAUCACAGGGGUGUGAGCGUGUGUUUGCGUGUGGGGGACGAAGUUUGCAGCUCGGUCGCUUUUGGCGGUCUCCGGCCCUGGCUGUCGAACAUGAACCUGUUCUGCUUCAUGCUGGACGGCUCCACUGAGAGCAUCUAUGAGCCGGCAAGCAGCCACACAAACGGGGACGUCUCGCCCAAGAGUCGGUGCGGUUCCGGGCAUCUACGUUGCAAACCUGAGUGGGGCGGCUCCGACCCGUCCAUCAGCUCUGACAAACACCAGACCAGAACCAAACCGAAAGAGGACAGCAGAAGAUCACGUAAGCCAAUGGAGGAUGAAACCUUUGCUUGCAGUGGCAGCAGCGCGUUGACAGGACCAGUCCGAAUCAGGGAGCCGGCCUCCGAAAGGAAAAGGACAGAUCCGCCAGCGCAGCCUGGUGACCCUGCUGAAACCACAGGACGACUGAAAAAGUUUCAGAAACUGGUUCACAUAAGGAAUGGCCUACAGACCGAUGGCGCUGAAGACUCGGGCGCAACCAAGACACACGAUUGUUUGGCCGACGGGGUGAGACACAACGGCACGGUGCUGACCUGCAUCGGCCUUUCGAGACGGAUGGAGAAGAGCUCCUCCAAAGCCGCCGCCGCGACGUCACACCCACUUCCACCGCAUCAGAACGCCAGGAGACUCCACGGAGACCCGACCGAAGGAGGGUUCUGGAGCCCAAAGACUGGGCGUCGCAGGCCGAAGACGUUUGAGUGUCCGCACGCUCGCCACCGGACUCCUGGGGAACCGUGCACCUACGACGGCAUCGUCUCGUCCCCGCCCCGCAGCUCGGAGUGGGAUCGGUUUGAGAGCCUGGUUCGGGAGCUGGACCGGAACCAGUCGGAUCUGUCCCUGUCACGGAUGAUCCGGUCCCUCACAGAUCUGCAGCUGUCGCAAAACAACGGAAAGCAGGAGAAAGCGGAGCCGAAGCAACGGGGCAGGGAGACGGAGACAGGAAGCGACUCAAAGGACAUCGACGGCGCGCCAGAGGAAACCCGGGCAGCUCGCGUUAGCCGAGACAUGCAGAACGACGAGGCGGCGGAGAGGGAGGCCGGCCGCAGACGGUCCAGGAACUCCCUGGAAAGCCUCUACAGCCUAAAGAGUGGACAGAGCUCCUCCAGCGGCGUCACCAGUGGGUCAAACUGCUCCAGCAACAGGGAGAGUCUGAGGCUGGAGGACGACCCGGCGUCCGCGCGGCGGUUCUGCUGCCAAGCGAGGGUCCAUACGGAGUUCGUCCCGAGUCCGUACGACACGGAGUCGCUCGCGCUCAAGGUGGGAGAUGUGAUCGACGUCAUCGCCAAGCCGCCCAUGGGAACAUGGACCGGCUCGCUGAACGGUCGGACGGGGAACUUCAAGUUCAUCUACGUGGACGUGCUCACGCACCCCUCUGGCACGACCCUGCAUGAGGCGAGCCAGAGGUCAACAGUGCAGGAGGCGUUGAGGCGCCUCGGUUUGGAGGAACGCGCCUCGUCCCCGCAGCGCGGCGGUCACCAGGCGGUGGACGACCCGAUGGAGCUGAACGUGACUCGGCCGGAGCGCAGAGAACGUCCGCUGGCCGCCGUCAACUCCCUGCAGCUGCUGCGCUCUAACAGCCUGGCGGGGGGUGAAUCCAGUCCGGAACCGGAGCGGUCCGGUGAAUACGUGAAGGAAGACGUGAAGAGCCGUCCCAGGGACUCGGGCUGCGUCAUGACGGAGGACGCGCAGCCUCAUUUCCUCUCUGACGGCCGGACGUAAACGUGCCGUGAAGGGGAGUCGCUUCCUUUUGCUGAUGUUCAAAUUCUCACGCAUGUUUGUUUUUUUUUUUCUUCUUCUUUUCACACAAGUUUGUUCUGUAACUUGAUUUGUUUUCUGAAAUAAAGAUUUGAUGGAUUGCUUUCUCGCAGA